GAAAAACAGUAAAACUCAGAACAGUGAAACGUGUGUGAACUAAAGCAGUGCCCAAAGCAAGCACAUCAAUCCAACGGCGUCUUGGAUAGUUUUCUAUACGGUCGAGUUCCUCGCUUCCAGACAUAUCUUUGCAACAGAAAACAUUUGCGUUUGAGAAAUGGCCGAAGGUAAUGGUGAGGUUGUAGAAGAGAUGGCAAAUCAAAAAUCUGGCGAGGGUGGCGACGGCGAACGAACGCAGGACUACUCAAAGCUGCUGGAAUAUGGAUUACACGUCAUGGUUGCCGGUCGGUUGGAUGCCAUCUACAAAACGGGCAAACUUGCCCAUUCGGAACUAGACGAGAGGGCGCUGGAUGCGCUGAAGGAAUUCCAUGUGGAAGGUGCCUUGGAUGUACUGGACCAGUUCCUAGACUCGAACCUCGAACAUGUGUCGAACAAAUCGGCGUUCCUCUGCGGUGUUAUGAAAACGUACAGACAAAAAGUUCGGGCCACGCAACAAGGACAACCGGCACCUGCAGUCACAGUACAAGCGAAAGGGCCCGAUGAGGAGAAAAUUAAAGCAAUUCUAGAGCGAACAGGCUACACAUUGGACGUCACCACAGGGCAACGCAAAUAUGGUGGCCCACCACCGAACUGGACGGGCAACACGCCCGGGAACGGUUGCGAAGUGUUCUGUGGCAAAAUACCAAAAGAUAUGUACGAGGACGAGCUGAUCCCGCUGUUCGAAAAGUGCGGCAAAAUCUGGGACCUUCGGCUAAUGAUGGACCCGAUGACCGGCACCAACCGGGGUUACGCCUUCGUUACCUUCACCUCACGGGACGCGGCCUCGAACGCCGUGCGGGAGCUCAAUAAUUAUGAAAUAAAGCCCGGCAAUUGUUUGAAAAUAAAUGUAAGCGUGCCGAAUCUGCGCCUCUUUGUAGGCAACAUACCUAAAUCUAAAGGAAAAGAAGAGAUUUUAGAUGAAUUUGGUAAACUAACAGCGGGACUUGUGGAGGUAAUUAUUUAUAGCUCACCAGACGACAAGAAAAAGAACCGAGGCUUUUGCUUCCUCGAGUACGAAUCACACAAGGCAGCCUCUUUGGCGAAGCGGCGACUAGGCACCGGACGGAUAAAGGUAUGGAAUUGUGAUAUAAUAGUAGACUGGGCCGACCCACAGGAGGAACCGGACGAACAAACGAUGAGCAAGGUCAAAGUAUUAUACGUACGAAACCUAACACAAGACACGAGCGAAGAAAAACUGAAGGAAAGUUUCGAACAGUUCGGCCGUGUUGAGCGAGUGAAGAAGAUUAAAGACUACGCAUUUGUUCACUUCGAGGAUCGCGACAAUGCCGUGAAAGCAAUGAAGGAUCUGGAUGGCAAAGAGAUCGGUGGAUCCAACAUAGAAGUAUCGCUAGCUAAACCCCCGUCCGACAAAAAGAAGAAGGAAGAAAUACUACGAGCUCGUGAAAGGCGCAUGACUCAGUUUUUGCAAACUAGAAUAGGCUUGGUGAAUACGGUUCCAUCGUUUCCCAGCAUGUCGCCGCAGCAUGCCGGCAUGAUGCCCGGUGCGAUGCCACCGAUGCGAGUGCCUAGCGGACCGGGAGGUCCGCGUGCUCCGAUGCGGGGCGGCCCGAUGGGCGGCCGGGGCGAGUACGCAAUCGGUAAGCGCAAAUUCGAAGGAGGUCCUCAUAAUCAAGGGGAAAUCAAACGACGCUAUGGAGCAUUAGCAAAUUUUGGUAAUAACUGGGGCAGUCAACCAUUGCCUCAGCAGCCGCUAGGGGCAAACGGUGGAGAACAAUGGUAUACCGAUACCUACUCGGCGUGGAGCUAAACAUUACGUGUGGAGCUAGGUAUACUCCCAAUUUCCCACAACAAAAAACAACUGCGACAAAAAACUCAUACAAAAACCCCACCAACAUAAAUCUACGGUAUGGAGAAUUAGCGGAGCUUCAGCAAUUAAAAAAAGAACGGUCGUCGAAUUUUUGGUGUGAUCGUGCGCCUGUAUUCAGCGUAGGCAGGUGCAUCAUCGUGCGUUUAGUGUUAUAAUUAUGUGCUCGACACCAAAUUUCUUCUCUUUUAACAUUUGUAUUCAUUGGAAAUCACAAAACCCUAUCAUUAUGCAAAAUUUUGUUUAAACAAACCAGAGGAAAAGAUCGGAACGAGGGAAACGGCGGUGACGUCGAACUGAGUAUACCCACAUACAAUUUAAGGCAAACACUGAAACGGGGAAAAGAAAGCUAGAAUGCGAACAGAGCCAGUGAGAAAUUUUAGCGAAAGAUUAUUGUGCGACAAAAAAGGAAAUAGGCUGUAGGGCAAAGGUAGGAAACAUUACAAAAUUAAGCAGAAGCAGACUGAUUUUAUUUGUCGCGUUAUUAAAAAAGAAAAUUUCAAGCAAAAGAAAAUUCUCUACAGCAAUUAGAAACCGAUACAUUAGAAUAGGUACCAUUUCGUCAAACGUCAAAAACGGACUCGUGUGUCGAUAGCAGUGGAGUUAAAAUACGGCCCAAAGUGAGCCGUUUUUGUGCGCGAAAGAGAGAAAAGGAAACAAAAAUACAGUGCUAAACAAAGUUUAAAAUUUAAUGUAAACACGAAGACAGGGAAAACUCGUUGUGCAAGAAAAGAGAAAAGAAAGCAAAAUCCUUUUACGAAGUCGCGGAAAAAAAAAUACUAGAAGGGACACACCAUACGGUUGGUUAGUUACUACUUCAAAUGAUUUCCGAUAAAUCUCGCGCCAUCGGCACCACCAAACAUACGUAGACGAAUUUGAACGGGGUUUGAGGGUUUAAUUGUAUUCAUUCACUAAUUCAAGCCCGUUUUUCUGCUCUUCUGUUUUAACUCCGCGCUGAGUGGCAAACAACCAAUACGGCACGCCUUGUGCUGAAAACGUGUAGCAAUUUGGAAAGUAUAAAAUAAUGCAAGCAAAAGAAAAAGAAAUGAUGAAAAAAAAUUAAACACAAAAUCGAGAUCUCCACCGUUUUACAAAUUCAAUAAUCUACAUGAAGGCUUAGGAUAUGUAGAAGCGCAUAGCAAAAG